AGGUGCUGGUGAAAUGUCCAAGGAGAGUUCUGUGGCUCCUUGGAUGCCGGAUGUUGACAAGGUCAGAAGUAAGUUCGACCAUUACGACGUGAAUGGAGACGGGGAGCUUGAUGAAGGAGAAUGCAUAGCGCUUGCCAAAGAUCUGAUCGCCAGCUUUCAACUCGGCAAAGUAGAUGAAUCCCAAAUCAAGCAAUGUUCGGAGUCGCUCAUGUCGAGGGUAGAUGGACUGUCCGGGAACCAGGACAACAAGAUUCAAUUCGAAGAAUUCCUUCCCUGGUACAUCCAGGUGGCGGAGGAGCACUGGAGAUUGUUACACCCGAGCACGAAGGAAGCGGCGGCUCACAAACCUCGAGAGGACCGUGAGGGGCAGGACGACGAGAACUACUCGCCUGAGUCUGUCUUGUCCAAGAUCUCCUCUCUACGCGCACAAGUGGCUGAGAUCAGAACCUCCUUGAAGACGUGGGACUCCGAGUUCGAGGAAGAGCUUGAGAAGUGCAUCCAAGAACUGCCUGCCGCUCUGACAGCGCCUGUAUAGACCCGCUCGCAAAUGUACAGAGGAUCUCUAGCUAUCAGUAGAUCUGCCCGAAAUG